AUGGCGCCUCGAAAUCGUUCCCUGACUGGAUGUGGGACGUGUCGCUCUCGGCAUCUGAAAUGCGAUGAGACUCGUCCUGGUUGCCAGCUGUGCCAGGUGCUUGGGAUGCCCUGUCCCGGUUAUCCAUCUCAACUUAAGUGGACCCGAGAUGCUCAGGCACAACUGGCAUCACCACCAGAGGCGCAAUCAGAAACUAGAGUCUACCGACGUCCACUAUUCCCAAGUAAGAUCCAUGAUGGUCUUGCCACAUAUUUUCCGCUCACUGAUUUCACAGCCCACGAACAAGAGUUGAUGGCACAGGCGACAGUACACAGUCUUCAAGGUCAGAAUGCCAAUGAAGCCCUCGAAAACCUUGAUAUUCAAAGCGGCCACCACAAUCUCCUCCCAUCGAAGUGUCUAUUCCAAGGGCCUUUUGGGAUUCUGAAUCUCAUGUCCAAUGAGGCUUUGCCUAACGAUCGAGCUGAAUUGUACGCAUAUUUGGCUGGAACACAAAAGAGACAAGAAGCUCCGAUCAGCCCAACUCCGGACUUACCGGUUGUAAACCGUCAUUUCUCCAAUACAAUCCCCGAAAGUCCCAGCAUCACAGGUGCCGAAGAAGAUCCAUGCGCUUGGUCACGCAAAGAGGAUGAAAUUCACGAUAAAGGUCCAGUAUCCCAUACGCUGGAUAGCUGUGAAAGCGAUACCCUCUCCUCAAUUUUCUCUAAUUCUCCCCUUUCGCCUACCACCUCUCAGUUUAUCCCGGAACGCGCAACACAGCUAUUACGGUAUUUUGAGAACCACGUGGUGACACUUUCUCCUUCUAUUGAAGACAAUAGACUGUGUCCGUGGAGGAAUAUUCACGUUCCUAGUGCGAAGAAGACGUUUGCCGAACUCUUAAUUCACGAAACCGCCAAUAGUCUAGGCCUUUCCUUAUUCUACUCGGUUCUCGCUGCUAGUUGUAUACAUCUAUCUCGAAGAGACCAAGAGUCAAGGGAUUGGGAUCGGCUCGGUAAACAUUAUAAACAAAUAUGCAUGCAUCACCUUAAUCUCAGUAUCCAACAAGAGGUUGCCACAGACGGUCAACUCCCAUACAAAGAGCUGCUAAUGUCUCUGCUUUCUAUGGUUAUACUGGAGGUAUCUGCACGAUUCAACCCAUACAAUUGCGAUAUUCAUGGCUAA